CAGAAAAUCAAUCGCUGAGAGAGGACUCUGCGAACAUGGAGAUAAAAUUCAGGGAGCUAGUCUUUUUAAUCCUUUCUCUGUCCCUAUGCGUUGUUCAAGGCCAAGAUCAAUAUUUGAUGAAAGAUGGAUACUGUAAAGACUUUUCUUUGAUUCCAAAUCCAAGCCAGCCAAGUCAGUGCCAGUUUCUUUGCGACCGGUUCAAAAGCGUAUACAAUGGUGGAAAUGAUUGUAUACCCUCUCUAGCCCUCAUGAAGGAGAUCAUUGAUUCUGUCCUCCACCCAUCUCUUUCAAAUGCUUCUUCGACCUUGGAGGCCAAUGCAAAAACCAUGUUCUCAGGGAAUUUUCUAACAAAAUCCUGCUAUCUGAACAUGUAUCAAGAUUGGCAAAACAGAGAUUAUGCUUGUUCUGAUCUCACAAAUGCUGCUCAAGCAAAAGAGUCAGCUUUGCGAAGAUUUAUCAUUCAGUUCCUGCCGAACAAAUAUCAUGCAAGCGAAACGAGCGCAGAUUUUUACUGCAUUACAACUAUGUUUCGAAUUCGAAAUCUCAUGGACAAUCAAUUAUUCCCUUCAAGCUCUUGCACUCAAAACGGCAAAUCAUUGACACCGCUGACCUAUGAUUUCUCCACGAGUUGUCCGUCGGCAUGUUGGACUGCCACGUUGAAAAAUUUGUUGUCCGCCACUGAAAACAAGGGUUACUGUUGUGCCUCGCUCUACUAUCAGGAGAUCAUCAAGUUCUUAUACGCUGAGACCUCUCCAUCAGACAUUAACAGUCAAUGUUCCUCUAUCCCGUGCACAUCAUAUGAUAGCGCCCUCACCGCGUGCAACACUGCAAACCCCGGCAACACAGAUUACAAGACAGAUAUGCUUACAUCGUCAGGUAAAUGUGAGCAUGCUGUCCAUGUAUGAGACCCCUCGACGAAGAUCAUUUUGCUGAAACCAAAGUUAUGAAUCUGGAAGAUUGUGGGUCUAGAUAGAAAUGAAGGGAACUUGUGAAGAAAAAAAAACGAUUGAUAUCUUC